AUGCCUUGCCCUCUUCGUCCACUUGAUUCUGCUGCUGCUGCUCCUUCUGCUUCGUCACCUAUGCACUGUCCUCUUCCCCUGCUUGCUGCUGCUGCUCCUCGCCAACUGUCAGCUCUGCCCUGCCCUCUUCCUCAGCUUUCUGCUGAUGGUGUUGCUGCUCCCCGACCUACAUCGACUCUACCUUUCCCUCUUUGUCCACUUGAUUCUGCUGCAGCUGCUCCUUCUGCUCCAUCAGCUAUGCAUUGUCCUCCUCCCCUGCUUACUGCUGCUGCUCCUCGCCAACUGUCAGCUCUGCCCUGCCCUCUUCCUCAGUUUUCUGCUGAUGCUGUUGCUGCUCCCCGAAGUACUUUGGCACUGCCUUUCACUCUUCCUCCACUUGAUUCUGCUGCUGCUGCUCUUUCUGCUCCGCCAGAUACGCCAUGUCGUCUUCCCCUGCUUGCUCCUGCUGCUCCUUGCCAACUGUCAGCUCUGCCCUGCCCUCUUCCUCAGGUUUCUGCUGAUGGUGUUGUUGCUCCCCGACCUACAUUGGCUCUGCCUUGCCCUCUUCGUCCACUUGAUUCUGCUGCCACUGCUCCUUCUGCUCCGACAGCUACGCACUGUCGUCUUCCCCUGCUUGCUGCUGCCGCUCCCCGCCAACUGUCAGCUCUGCCGUGCAUACUUCCUCAGGUUUCUGCUGAUGGUGUUGCUGCACCCUGA